CUCGAUUUUGAAUGAAUCGAUCUUGGAGAAAAGUCUUUUGUCAUAGAUUUAAACUAUCAACCAUUAUAUUCAUUAGCACCCUACUCAACAGACAAAUGUCAGGCCCAGCUAUAGCUACUAUCGCCACCGGCGUUGCAAUCGUCGCAGUUCCUGCCAUUGUCGCGGGACCUAUUCUUGGAGCCUUAGGCUUCGGCGCCGCUGGUGUUGCGGCAGGUUCUACCGCUGCUGGAGUUCAGAGCGGUAUCGGAAGUGUCGCUGCGGGUAGUCUCUUUGCAACUCUGCAGUCCGCUAGUGCCGGAGGUUAUGGUGUUGCGAUUGUCCAUGGAGCCGUCCAAGCUGUUGGAGCGGUAGUUGGUGCUAGAGGCAUCGGUGCUUGGUUUCGAGGCUAGAGCGAUGAAACACGCUGGCCAUGAUGUUGAAGAUGAUCCCGAUGACUCUUACGAUGAAUACAGAAGCGAGACAGAAGAGCUUAGAAAGGACAACUCGGUCAACGAUGGGCACUCGAAGUCGCCCAACUGAGAAGUAUCGACGGGGCGUCGUCACAUUCGCCUUUACACUACUUCGACAAAACACAACUGGCCGAAGAUAAACGAUAGAUGUGUCAGCACGGUUUGUUCCCCAAGUGCCUGUACUUGGUUAAGGCAAGAAUACUUUCGAUGAUGCCUUAUGUAGGAUGACAGACCCAAGGGGAGUCAUAGAUUGCAACAAAGACGCAAAGUUCACUCA